CUGUAUACACAAAGCAUUUGGCGAUCCAUUUGAUUUAGCGGUGGCUGCUUUCCGCGAAAGGCGCAAAAAAGAAUACACAGCCAAAUUUGUUCCUAUUGACUGUAAGGAUUACCGGGAAAGUGGUCACACUUAUACAGGUGUGUAUGAAAUCUACCCCUUUGGGACCACCUUGCCUCCUAUCCGAGUUUAUUGUGACAUGGAUACAUUGGCUGGAGGGUGGACAGCCAUUCAGAAAAGAAUAGAUGGAUCCCUGACCUUUGAUAAGAAAUGGGAUGACUAUAAAAAUGGUUUUGGUGCGACAGAACAGAAUCUCUGGAUAGGUGACCGUAUGCUAGACACGGGGGAUCUUAACACCAAUCUGUCGGAGAUGUCAUUCUCCACCCUUGACAGGGACCAUGACAGGUGUGGUUGGUGUAACUGUGCUGUUGAUCACGGAGGAGGCUGGUGGUAUAACGGCUGCCACGAUGCCAACCUCAACGGUAAAUGGUCACCUGAAGAGUGGUGGGAACCCUGGUAUCCGCCACUUAAGAAUGGUAGUGACAUCACGGAAACUCUUAUUAUGAUCAGACGGCAUUAA